GUUAUUUGACGGGUUUUUUUUUUAUGAUUAGGGCGAGACCGAGAGGGCAGUGCGGUUCGGUGCGGCUGACAAACUGUGCGGUGUGUGUGUGUGUGUGUGAGUUCGAGGAUUUUCCCGCUGCUGCUCGUUUCCCGCGGGUCUCUCGUGUGAGUCAGCCAAGGAUAAGAGCGAGAGAAAGAGAGAGAGAAAGAUAGAGAGUGAGAGGUGGGGGGAACGUAGAGAACGGGACGCGAACGAGCCGCGUUACGGGGUCCGACGCCGUCGAGUCGUCAGUCGUCGGAAAAAUACACGGUCGAGCCAGUCGGUUUUUCCCGCCGGAUUUUCGCGAGCGAGCUGGCGCCAGCAGCAGGUCGUCCGAGGAGGCAGUUGUCCAGCAACGGCGGCGGUCGUGCGGAUGUGCCGCUAGUAUAUAUACAUACACACGUCACGCACGUGCGAUACCGAGAUCCAUCGUUGUGUACGCACGUAUAACGAACGUGCAUGCGUGCGUGCGUGCGUGAGUGAGUAUUGUGCCGUGUCGUGUCGUGCCCUCGGUGUCUCGGUGAAAACCCGCCGAGGAAGAAACGAAGGAGCGAGGACACCCUCGCGUGCGUGCAUGCGUGCGCGUGUGUAUGUGUGUGUAUGUGCGUGCGUGCGUGUGUAGUCGCGCGGAUCUCUCAGUGAGUGGCGGUGAACGCCGAGGAGAGAAGAGGAGACGAGAGUAGCCGAGGCUUACAGAGGAAGAGGUGAUAAAGAUGAGCAAGACGUGCGCCCGCUGCGAGAAGACGGUCUACCCGAUCGAGGAGCUCAAGUGUCUCGACAAGAUAUGGCACAAGCAGUGUUUCAAGUGUCAGGGCUGCGGUAUGACCCUGAAUAUGAGGACGUACAAGGGUUUCAACAAACAGCCAUAUUGCGAGGCACAUAUACCAAAAGCCAAAGCCACCACGAUGGCAGAGACACCGGAGUUGAAACGUAUCGCGGAGAACACGAAGAUACAGAGUAACGUCAAAUAUCACGCCGAGUUCGAGAAAGCGAAGGGGAAGUUUACACAAGUAGCGGACGAUCCGGAGACUCUUAGAAUCAAGCAGAACAGUAAGAUUAUCUCAAAUGUCGCUUAUCACGGUGAACUCGAGAAGAAGGCGAUCAUGGAGCAAAAGAGGACAAUGACCGGAGAAAACGGCGAGCAAAUAGAGUACGUAGAGUACACAGACGGUACGAUCGCACCUGCGUCGAGCAUAAACGCCAAUCCGCCGCCAGCAAGAACGGCGAAUUCGCCGAUACAGAGGACACCAGGUAGAAUCGCCGAUUACGAUCCCCUUAGCGAAGCCAGGCCGAGUCCCUAUUCCGCAAGGCAAACUGCUACCACUGUCAUUUAUACGAGCGACAAGGGACCAGUAACGAAUCCACCGACACGAAAAAUCGGCUCGGUUGCCGACAUCGACCCAGUGAACGAAUAUUAUGGAUCGUUAACGCCAGCCAUGACAAUAAACAAUAAUCAACAUCAACAUCAACAUCAACAUCAAUCACCACCACCGCCCUCCAACGUUGGAAGAGUGUACAGAGCAAUGUAUGAUUACGAGGCGCAAGAUCUCGACGAAGUGAGUUUCUGCGAUGGCGAUUUGAUUGUUAACUGCACAGCCGUGGAUGAGGGUUGGAUGACCGGACUGGUGCAGCGUACAGGACGACACGGCAUGCUACCCGCUAAUUAUGUCGCACCGGCGCAGAUUUAAAUGUUUUUCAGAUCGAGCUUCCAUUCACUAAUUGUUGCCGUCACUUUGAUCAGAGCGUUUAAUUAAGAUGUUUUACCCCGAAGAAAUGGAUAAUAUUGAAAAAAAUUACGUAAUACAAUACUCGAGAUAAAGCAGCUUCUAUUCGGCUCUUAUUCGACCUAGGCAAUUUGUUUGAUUGAAAUGGUAAACUGUCACCUUAAAAAAUCAGAUGACUAGAUAUUUUUGAAGUGUUUUGUAAAGUAUCUUGGAACUUUAAUAUAAAUUUAAUUCAUUUUUCUUGAUAUUAAUUUGCUCAUGACGUAUGUUUGGAUGAAGCCGAGUAUUCCAAAAUAUAUUAAUAAAAGAAACAGAUUUAAGAAGGAAUCAAAAUCAGUUUUAUAAAACUUGUUGAAGAUAUACUUUACGAGUAUUCCAUUUGAGUAUUUUCGGCUUCUAGAUAACAGUAGUUUUAUAUGUUAAAAUUCCAUAACGGGACCAACUUUACACAACUGCGAUAAAUUGUGCCGAUCACAAUUUAAAUUCUGACAGCUUGUGAAGCGACCAUAAGCCUUGACCAACAAUUAAAAGGAAUUAAGUAUAAGAUAUAUCUUUCAUUCAAUGCAGUUUUCUGUAUAGCGUCACUUUUAUUUUUUUUUCUAUUAGUUGAAAUUUUUAUCACUUUUCCGUUUCGAUGUUUUUUAGAGUUUAAAUUAUAUAAUAAAAUAUAAAUAUCAAGAAAAUAUAUAUUAAUUUCAUUCAAUUAACAGGCUCUUUAUGAGUCUUUCUGUUAAUCAUUAUUUUUAUCGACGAGAAUUUUAUGUUAUUUGUUAUUCGAUAUAAACUUGUAUUAACUAACCAAUCAAUUAUACAGAUUUUCAUAUUUCCGACCAUUUUGCAUUUAUAGCUAGUUAUUCUUUUCUUGUCUUUGUAAUAUAUUAUUUUUUAAAUAUUUUUUUUACUUCUUCGGAAAGGUUCAUAAAUGUGUUUUAGUCGCGAAAUCUAGUAAUGAAAGGACAAAAUCUUGUGUUGCAUUCAAAAAGAAAUAAUUGCAAUGUGCCUUAUUCGUGUAGACUAUUAAAUAGUAGCGGAUUUUUUAUCAUAAUGUAAGCUGCAUGUGAAAGUGCAUCAGAAUAGGAUAUGAAAGAAUAAGAAAUACCAACAAAUUUUUACUUGCUGUAUUAAUGUAGCUUUCAUUUAAUGUCAAAAAAAUUAAUACAAAUAAUCGUCGUGUCUUUCCCCGAAUAUAAAGCAAAUAAAAAUAAUGAGGAAUAUAAUAUUAUUGACGCGAAAGAUGCUUGCCUUCCUUUUUAAUGAAGUAUGAAAAUUAUUGUUAAGUAUCAUUAUGAUUUCCACAAUUAAUUAAUGAUAUAAAUAUAAAUUAAUUAACCAAUA